GCUGCGCGGGGCGGAGCUUAGUGUGAGUGGGCUGAGGUCAAGCGUCGCUGUGCUCACCGACUGAGGUCGUUUCAGGUUAGGUGGUCCCCCCGGAACUGACUGGCCGCGGUCGCUGGGGGUUAGGAGGUGCCGGCGGAGUUGUUGUUAAGGGCGUGCGGCAUCUCCUCGUUCCCCAACCUUCCCUGCAGUAGCUAUGGCGAAAGGUAGAGUCGCCGAACGAUCGCAGACGGGGGCACUCCAGGCGACCCCAGCUGGGGACCGGGCAGCGGGGACGCGGGGUCCCACAGCCCCGGGCAGCAGAGACCACUUGAAGGAAAAAGCCUGUGCGGAAGCUGGGUCAGCAAGAAUGUCACUUCUUAUAUUGGUGUCCAUUUUCUUAUCUGCAGCUUUUGUUAUGUUCUUGGUAUACAAAAAUUUUCCUCAGCUUAGUGAAGAAGAAAGAGUGAAUAUGAAGGUUCCCAGAGAUAUGGAUGAUGCCAAGGCCCUAGGAAAAGUUUUAUCCAAAUAUAAGGACACCUUUUAUGUACAAGUACUUGUGGCUUAUUUUGCGACAUAUAUUUUCUUGCAAACAUUUGCUAUUCCAGGUUCUAUAUUUCUCAGCAUACUCUCAGGGUUUCUUUAUCCCUUUCCUCUAGCCUUAUUUCUUGUUUGUUUGUGUUCUGGACUCGGUGCCUCAUUCUGCUAUAUGCUCUCCUAUUUAGUUGGGAGACCAGUUGUAUACAAAUACCUAACGGAGAAAGCAGUAAAAUGGUCACAGCAGGUUGAACGUCACAGAGAACACCUUAUUAACUACAUUAUAUUUUUGAGAAUAACACCAUUUCUGCCUAACUGGUUUAUUAAUAUUACAUCUCCUGUGAUAAAUGUGCCAUUGAAAGUUUUUUUUAUUGGCACUUUUCUAGGUGUUGCACCUCCCUCUUUUGUAGCAAUUAAGGCAGGAACAACAUUAUAUCAACUUACAACAGCAGGGGAAGCUGUUUCCUGGAAUUCAGUAUUUGUUCUAAUGAUUUUGGCUCUACUUUCUAUCCUGCCAGCCAUCUUCCAAAAAAAACUAAAGCAGAAAUUUGAGUGAAAUACCAUCUGGGUUUUAGUUUUCCUAUCCUCCUCCUCCUCCUCCUCAUCAUCAUCUCAGGACUGGCAGGUUUAUGUGUUAAAAUCAACUCUUCGAUAAUUGAAACAGGAAUUUGUAAAAUAGUUUCCUAUCAGACAGUAAAAAUAAUGCAUUUAAGUGGCAAGGGAGAGAAGAAAGAAUGGAAAUUGAUAUACUAUGAAAAGUGCUGUUAGUAGUUAUGAUUGCCAUCUUCUAAAUUACUAUCCCAAGGGUAGCUAUAAAUAAUUAGUACACAGCAUUGUAGGAAAUUCUUGACCCAGUUGAUUCAUUCAACUUGAUAUAUUCAUGAACUGGCUAUAGAUACUUAUCUUUGACUUAAUAUUUUUCUUUCUUAUCCCUUACUAAUAAUUAAAAUAGAUAUAGAAAAGUAAAAACUCUAGAUUUUUAAAAAUAGCAUUGUAGUUCAGGCUAGUGUUAGCCUUUUUUUUUCAGAGCAUAGAACUUAAAACUAGUAUUUAAAAGAGAUUUACAUCUUCCUCUUUUACCUUUGAGGUAAUGGACUUAUUUAGAAGUUGCAUCUUACUUAGUAUACCACUGAAUUGGGAAAGGGUAUCAAGUUAUAUCUGUUUAGUGUAUUUUAUUUUUGCUUUUUUCUGUUCCAGAUUAUCAUGGAUUAGUUUGAAAUUUAAAUUUUGACCAGUCUAUUUUCAUUUUUUUCUAGCUUUCACAGUAUUUACAUUGUGCAUAUACAAAAUGGUGAUUACAUGAUAAUUGUAUCAUAUUGGUGUUGAUAAUUUAUAUUCAGAUAAUAUUUUGUUACAGUUUCCCUUUAUCUCAAAAGGGGAUCAAAAAACAAACAUUAAUCAUAUACAGUUUUUAGAUGUUAAUUAUAUUGCUUUAUAUUUUGAAAUAAACAGUGACAGCGUAACAUGUAAGUGGUUAAAUAUAGUUUAUUUGUUCCAAUGACUGUAAAGUUUACCUCAUUUAUUUAUUAGUCUGGUCAUUAAAGUAUGUAUUAUGUAACUAUCCUUUUUUUAAUGCACGAUAUACUUAUAAGAAUGCCUUGUUUCAUUUCUAUUGAUGGCUUUUUUUUUGUUUGGGGCUGCUUUUGCUUAAUGCAGUUUCCCAAUUUACUCUUUUUUACUUUUUAUAACUCAAAGUAUAAUUAACUUCUCACAUGGUAACUACUAAAUUUAAAUAGUCCUGGAAAAAUGAAACAGCUUUUUGCUGCUUGCUUAAUGGUAAUAUACUUGAUUCUAGGCUAUAACUGAUCUAAAGUAAAGUACUCUGUCCGUUUUACCUUCACCUAAGACUGUCAUGUUGAAAAGUACUUUAACUGGGAGAAAUCCCUAUAUUUUAUUGUGAGAGGUGUGAUUAUCCUCAAGGCCUGUUUCUACUACAUAAUGUGGACUGAUUUAUUAUUUUUUCUAUCACAGUAUUAACAAAUGGAUUUAUUGUAAAUACAAAGAAAAUAUAUUGAUUAAUAUACUAUUCUUAUGUCACCUGGCCUUUGUGUGAAAUUAUUUAUUGUUAUUUCUAGCAAGGUUUUCUUCCUUUCUUAUUGACCAGAGACUGAAUGAUAAGCUUUUGUUAUUUUUACAGAUGAACUUAAAACAUAACCUUUUGAACAAAGUUCACUAAAUAUUACUGUAUAAAAUGUAAUUGAAUAAAUUUUUAUCAGACUUUUAAAAGUAAAAGAGCUUUGACUCAGGAGAAGUCUCACUACUCACUCCAGUGUGUAUAUAUUGAACUUACUCUAUUCUCAGAGUAUUUUCCCUAUCCUUAUCAUUGAUUCUUUCCCCUUGAUUAUUUUUUUUUUCUGUUAGAAAACUCAAGUGUCACUCAAGGUGGGGUAUAUUUUCUUCUCCCGAGAGAACAACCAGUCUCUCUAGAUUCGUCAUCAGUGACUGCCAAGAACAAACCCUUCAGCAGGCUAUACUCUGAAUGCAGUGGUGCCUGUAUUCACGGAUUCAUAGACAUGGUCUGAUGUAAAUUCAAGGUUUAGACACAUCUUGAAGACAGAUACAUAUAAUAACCACAAGAGAGCAAGUAUGUGUAGUGGGGAGGCCUACAAGCUAACUAGGAAGUUGACGCACUGACGAAGUGAGACUGUACCUUCUUAGUUAAUGGCACCUCUCUGGAGUUCAAUUACCUUGAGUGUAUAUUUCUAAGAUACUUAAUGAAUGCAAACUAAAAUGUAACAAUAAAUUAUACUGAAAAAAAUUAAAUGUAGUACUUGGUCUUUAUUUCAUUGAAUAAAAAUGUAUUCUCUUGAUAUUCUGAUGUGCAUUCUCAAGAACAAAGAAAAUUUUAAAUAUUUCUUUUUAAUUUUUAUGUAUUGAUUUUGGAGAGAAAGAG